AUGGCUGCCCCAAACGCAGCAGAAGAUACAACAGUGCAACCCGAAAACUGGGGCUCUCAAGAUGAUCAGGCAAUGGGACCAGCCACCGAACAGCCUGCGCCGGGAGCGUCUAUAUCUGCCGACGAGCGUACUGCUGGUCAGGAACCCGAACACCCAGAAUACCGUCGUGCGUCCAGUGCAGGCGACAAUGAAACAUUCCGCGAAAAGCAAGUCAAGCCGAAUAAAGUCUACAUUGGUGGUCUUCCUGAACACACCCGUCAAGAGGACCUACAAAGCUGCUUUGGCAAAAUAGGUACCAUAAUCAACAUUGAACUGAAGGUUGGCUACGGUUUUGUGGAAUUUGACAGUCGGGAAGCCGCUGAAGAGAGCGUUGCAAAAUAUCAUGAAGGGUACUUCAUGGGCAACAAAAUCCGUGUAGAGCUUUCUCAUGGUGGAGGCCGAACUGCCAAAUAUGCUGGAGAUCCUGGUGCUUGCUUCAAGUGCGGCCAAUUAGGUCAUUGGGCAAGGGAAUGCCCAAAUAAUACUGGGUCCUCUCAUCGCCGUCAUCACAACAGCCAUGAACCUCCACUGAUCGAUCGUAUUCAGCGAGACCACAAUGGCCAUCUACCUCGCAAUCUGCCUCCAAGGGAUGAUUUUCCUCCGCAGCGUCCCCCUCCUCGGGAUAGUAGGUAUGACUAUCCUCCGCCUCUACCGGUGCGAGACUAUCGUCGCCCUCCGUCUCCUCGUGACUAUCGUGACUAUGGACCUCCUGGCGGUGCUCGUGCUCGUGAAUAUGAUGAUUACAGAAGAGGACCACCUCCUGUGGUUGAAAGGGACAGACUCCCUCCUCCAUCGGAUUACCGAGGGCGAUAUCCACCUGUAUCAGAUGCUCCUUACCGUGGUUACGGUGCCCCUCCACCUCCUGUGUAUGACCGCUAUGAUCGAAGGCCUAACGACCGACCCUCGGGUUACCCUCAACCCCCUCCCCCAAGGCCUCGCACUCCACCGAGAGUGAGGGAUGAUUACGACAGAGGCCCUCGUGACUAUCCUGACUAUCGUGGACGUCCCGCCACCCCGCCCCGCUAUCCUCCCGACUAUGGUCGUGUAAACCCAGAUUCUCCAGCUGGACGAUACCGUCGGCGCUCUGAAAGUCCCCCUUUGAAUCGUGCAGCUGCUCCUCCUGCCUAUGAACCUUACCCAAUGAACGGCUACAUCUCUGGCUCUGGUGCUCCCCCAUCUGGCCCUCCUCGCGGUGCUAGGGAUUAUCCUCCGCCUCGUCACAAUCGUGACAUAAUUGAACCCGUCGGUGCUUACAGACGCCCUUAA